GCUCCUGAAGCUUCUGACCAGGACUCGGUUUCUGCCUCAGAGUGGCAGCGGAAGCUGGAAGCGGCCGAGGCUCUGUUGAUUCUGAGAGAAUCUCCCCAGGCACCUUCGGACUCCAUCUCCCUGCUCCAGCCCUGCGUGGCAGCAGCUCCUGCUGGAGAUAGAGGACCCCAGCCUUCUAGCCCCUCUCUGCGACCCAGGCCAGCCAGCUCCAUUUCUCUGCCUGUUGGACAUCUGGGGAGCAUCUCCCUCUUGAGCUAGAAGCCCAGAGGAGGAGGCCUCACUAGAGUGCUGCCGAUUUAUGCGUUUGCAAAA